AUGUACCAGAAGUUGUCGCAACUCAUCACCGCCGUCGAGACCGUCAUGUGUCUCGUCGGAAUCGUCACCAAUUUUCUAGCGCUCAUCAUCUACACGCGUCCGAACUUCCGCAAAAAGUCCAUCAAUGUGCUUCUGUCGGCGUUGUCGGCGGCCGAUUUGGGCGUAUGCCUUCUGGCGAUUCCAGUGUUCGCCAGCAAGCAGUUCGAAGCCUGGAUAUCCGUGUACCUCGUCGCUGUCAUCAUGGUCUACCUCUAUCCAAUAUCGAUCAUGUUUCAAUCAAUGUCGGUUUGGCUUUUGGUUUCGAUAACCAUUGAUCGCUAUUUGGCAGUCUGCCAUCCAUUCAUGGUCAACACCUAUUGUUCGAGAAAUCGCGCGAUUGUCAUCGUCAUUUUCGUUGUGAUAUUCUCAAUCGCCUACAAUUUUGUGAGAUUUUGGGAAUAUUACAUUGAUUUCAGUAAAGCUACAGAAGGUCUCGAAGGAAUGGUCCAACCGCUUCUCCGCGCCGAUGAGAUUUUCAUGCUUUGGUACCAAAAUGUGCUAACACUUCUUUCUCAAUUCUUGCUACCACUUGUCGUUCUGUGCGGCUUGAAUCUUCAGGUUGCUCGAACAAUUCUGCGCGCUUCCGAGCAGCGUCGAGAACUGGUGGCGAGUGUGAAACGCGAGCACUCGACGGCAAAAAUGAUGAUAAUGGUGGUGAUUGUUUUUGUCUUCUGCUACACAUUUUCGUUUGUGUUGAACAUCUCCGAAAUCCAGAAUGCCGACUUGUUUCAAAGCGAAAUGGGCUAUCUGCUGAAUGAUAUCAAUAAUGUGCUCGUCGUCGUCAAUUCAUCAUCAACAUUCAUUUUUUACUAUAAUUUUUCCACAAGAUUCCGCAACCAAGCGCGCUCUCUAUAUGGCAUUCGAUGGUUCAUGAGUCGAACAAAAUUCACAGUAUGCAACAACAAUAAUCCAGUAAGCCGGUCCGAAACAACCAAAUUCAAAGAAUCAUACGUCUCGGCGAAGCAAUCAUCGAAAAAGUACCUAAUAUGCCGUUUGGAUAGAAGGCAUAGCCAGCAAAACACAGCCAAAGCGACACUAUCAUGCGAUAUUUAG